AGUUCACAUAAAAGAGAGAAGGAGUAAGGACGUAAACGGGAUGCAUUUGGAUCGGGCGGUGAAAACACGAUACUUAACUUGUCGCAAUUAACGAAAAAAGUAGAAGUGAAUUAAAAACAAUAAAAAUGCGUACGUAAGUCGUUUUAUUUAUUUUUGGAAGAAGGUUUUAAAAAUACGUAAGUUGCAUCCUACUCCUUCUUCUGUGUGCGUGUUUUUUUUGUAAUAUUUGUAGCGUUUUGCGAAUUUAUUAACUGAUAAAAUAAAGUUGAGUGGUUACUAAUAGAAAUGUGGUAGUGGUUUGGGGGUAUUUAGUUUGCGACGGAGACGCAUCAUGGUGACUUUAAUGCCUUGUAAUUACCUAAGUGCACAACCUACCAGAUGUACCAUGAUCGACAAAAUGUGUGAACCAAAGGUGAAAAGGGCUCGAACUGAUGCAACCCUCGACUCCACAGAUCGAAAUCGACUGGUUGGUGAUACAGCGUGUAGUCCCCAAAGCGGACAUUCGUCGUCAACUUGCGGUUCCCCACCUGCAACAGCGUCGACGGCAACCCAAGGAACAGAUUCUUCGACUUCUUUGGCUUCGUCUUGCGCAACAUCUUCUCACCUGCCUUCAUCUUGGUCCAUCCUGGCAGAUGCAACAGGUGUUAAGAGUGAAGUACGCAGCCCCGGGUUAGCCGAUACUGAAGUAACGUCACUUUCUCAAGAUCCUAGCGGGUUAUAUGGAUCGGCAGUCGAUUUAGGAAGUUAUGAUAAAGAUUAUCCCCAAGCUUACACAACAAUUACACCUGCACAUCAGUAUUAUAAUAGUUUUAGCAUGCAACAAGCUUAUGGCACAUCGAACGCAUCAGCCGCAAGUUAUAUGACCUCAUCAAACUUCUACAACACAUCCUCCUACCCGUAUUCCUCAUUGAGCUCUGCGAGAAGUAUAAACCAAGUAUGCAAAUCGAGCGCGGGAUAUUUAUCAUCACCUUACUCAUCACCUGCGUCGCCAUUCCAAUCAGCUGGCCAUUCACAAAGUGGCCAAUAUUCACCAUAUUCAGGUUAUAAUACACCUGGAACUUCAUUUGCACAAGGUUUCUCUGCGCAGGGCAUAGAUUACAGCACAUACGGUUCAACAUAUCCAGAAUCACAAGCAUAUUCCACGCCAGGAUAUUACGCUUCCCAAAGUUAUUCACCUUACGUUAGUUCGCCAAAUUCAAAUGGAGGUAUAGGAGUUUCUACGUAUCAAUUAGCGGCCACAUCACUGCCAGACUGUCCAUCGAACGGUAUUAUUUUAGCAGAUGGUACAACAUCCUCAAUCAAAUUAGAAAGUUCGAGACGCUCCAGGGAUUCCUCGAGUAGUACAAGUGCGGAAUCGAGGGGCGCAAGGGGUAGAGGAAGACGCACGAACAAUGUAUCACCUACCGUACCUGAAACUAGUACUGAACGUGUCUUUAUUUGGGACUUAGACGAAACUAUUAUAAUAUUUCAUACUUUACUUACCGGUAGUUACGCGGCAAAAUAUCAAAAGGAUGCUCAAAAUGUAGUACAAUUAGGCUUCAGAAUGGAAGAAAUGGUCUUUAACAUGGCUGAUACUCAUUUUUUCUUUAACGACAUUGAAGACUGCGACCAAGUUCAUAUUGAUGAUGUCUCGUCCGACGAUAAUGGACAAGAUCUAACAAAUUACAAUUUCGGCACAGAUGGUUUUCAUGCAGCUGCGGCGGGUAGUGGCAAUUUAUGUUUAGGAUCUGGGGUGCGGGGUGGUGUGGAUUGGAUGCGUAAACUUGCAUUUAGGUAUCGGAAAAUUAAGGAGACUUUCAAUAACUAUCGGAACAGUGUUGGAGGACUUUUGGGUCCGACUAAGAGGGAGCAAUGGUUACAGCUGAGGGCAGAAAUAGAAAGUAUUACAGACAAUUGGCUCACAUUAGCAAAUAAAUGUUUAACGUUAAUUAAUUCGAGGAGUAAUUGUGUUAAUGUGUUAGUAACAACAACGCAGUUAAUCCCAACACUUGCCAAAGUUUUGUUAUUCGGUUUAGGAGGAGUUUUUUCCAUAGACAACAUUUACUCUGCUACCAAAAUAGGUAAGGAGAGCUGUUUUGAAAGAGUGGUUGCAAGAUUUGGGAGGAAGUGCACAUAUGUGGUGAUCGGCGACAGUCAAGAUGAUGAGGCGGCUGCAAAAGCUUUAAAUUUUCCUUUUUGGAGAAUAACCAGUCACAGUGAAAUUGCUGCAUUGUAUAAUGCGUUAGACAUGGACUUUUUAUGAUUCACAUCAUAUUGUCGAUAUACGUAUAUAUUUUAUAAAAUGUGUUUUAUAUAAAUAAAAAAAAAAUACUUCCAUAUA